AUUCUCCCUCAAAUCAUCGCUUGCGCUCUCUCCCCGUAUCCCGCCGAAUCUCCUCCUCAUGCCGCCGCCGUUGCGCUCCCCGCAUCCGCCAGUACGUGAGCGCAAGCUUGUCAGCGCGCAUCCCCACGCGCGGCGGAGGUCGAGCGCAGAUGGGUUUGGCUUGCUGUCUCCUCCGCGAAAUCGAUCGUUUUGUCUUCCGCGUCGUCUUCCCAAUACAAUUCGUCUAGGCUUUCUACACUGCCGGACCCUUGAAUCGCGCUGCAACCAACUGAAUCGCGCUGUAACGGGCGUCGAUCGCGCUGCAACCAACUGAAUCUGUCCACGCGGAACGCGCAUCCGCGCUCUUAGCCGCCUCAGAAAGAGCGCUGCUCGAUGGCGCACGGCGAAGGGCUGCUCGGGACAGGCACGCGACCAGGGCGCGUGGUGUCGGGGGAAGGCGCGGGGGAUGGCGGGAAGGUUGGCGGAAUCGAUGGCGGAAGGGGAAAGAUGAUCGGGGGGAAAGCGGCGGAGGUGGAUUGCUGUUGUUCGCCGGGUACACGAGGCGACACGCAAUUGGGUGCUUCGGUUGGAGGGAGUUGCAGCGGCCCUGGCGCUUGUGGGCCGGAGUGUGGGCGACAGGGGACGGGAGUGGAUGGCGUGAGAUCGGUACCGGCAGCAGCAGCGCGUGGCGGCGCCUGCUGCUCUAUGGCCCAGGACCACAAGCAGCAGCAGCAGAGGCAGCAUGAGGGGCACCAGCAGGAGGGGCAGCACGAGAAGAGGCAGCAACAGGGCAGUGGUAGCAGCGGGGGGCAUGCGGUGCGAGAUAUGGCGUUUGCAGCAGCUCGUGUGUGCGUGCUGCUGCUAGGCCUCUCGUACCUGCUUCUGCUGCUCUCCCUGCUCCUACUGGCCCCCACCCGCCACGCAGCAAGAGCCGCCCUCCUCUCCGCCCUGCACCUGCUGCCACUCCCUCUCUCUCCCUCGACCCCUCACCUCGCAUCCCCUUCCACGCCGUCACUCCCACCCGCGCCAUCUCCUGCCCCCGCCUUGCCUGUGCCUGCCGUGCCAGCGCCCAACGCCUCACGCAGCCACUGCUGUGCCGAUACCUGUGCUGCUGCGAGUUUUGCAGACCUUGCUAGUGGCAUGGGAGAGUUGAUGAGACAGGAUGGGUGGCUUGGGCAUGGGCAUGGGCAUGGGCAUGGGCAUGGGAAUGGGCAUGGGUAUGGGCAUGGGCAUGGGCAUGGGCAUGGGCAUGGGCAUGGGCAUGGGUAUGGGCAUGGGCAUGGGCAUGGGCAUGGGUAUGGGCAUGGGCAUGAGCGUGCGCAUGCGACGGUGGGCGAGGAGGGCAAGGAGGAUCGGUCGUAUGCGGAGGACUGCCGCGUGUUCACAUGGGAGAAGCCCAGCAAGAUGCACAACGUCAUGGUCACGGUUUGGGACGAGUUCACAGUGGCGCACGCAGUGGGGUGGUGCGCUAAGGCCGUCAUCAUCCGCGACCGCCGCAUGCUGCUGCUGCUCUCCACCGCCUUCGAGCUCACCGAGCUGAUGUACCGGCAUCUGCUGCCCAACUUCAACGAGUGCUGGUGGGACUCCAUCAUCCUUGACAUCAUGCUCUGCAACACUCUCGGCAUGGAAGUGGGCCUCUGGCUUCUCCGAGUGUGCCACAUGCCGCGUUUUGAUUGGUUCGCUGGCAUCUCAUCUCUCCUCACCUACAGCUCCCCAUCCUUUCCCCAUCUCCUCGCCGCCACACGCCAGUCCCUUCUGGCAGGGCUUCUGUUCCUGCUGGUGCUAGCAGCGGACCUGUGCGCCUUCUUCCUCAAGCACUGCCUCGCUCUGCACCCCCUGCACCCCUUCAAUCCCCUCCGCCUCUGCCUCUGGGCCGGUCUCUCCGUCCCCGCCGCGCACUGCCUGCACUCCCUGCUGCACUCCCCCCGCAUCGCUGUGGCGUGCCCCUCUGCCUCUGGUGCAGGGAGAGAGAGGGAUGAAAGGGGGGAGAAUGGGGAGCGGAGGAGUGGAGGGGAGCAGCAAAGGCAGGAGGAUAGAGGCAUGUCCUUCCUCAUCCUCGCUCUGCUGCUCUGCGUCUCCGAGAUUCUCGUCUCACUCAAGUUCUGCCAGGGCAUGUUCCUCUCGCCUCACCCCCCCUGGGUCUCCACCAUCCACACAGUUCUUCUCUCCUCCUUUCUCCUCCUCCUCCUCCCUUCUCUCAGGCCCUCUCUCUCUCACCGCUUCCUCCCAUCUCCCCUUGGUCUCUGUACCUCUCAAACUACUUCCUGCCUCUUCCACCUGUGACCAAUGUUGGAUGGUGGGGGGCGGGACCUAAGAUUCACUUCAGGGUACGUUGAGGGCAUAUUCCUACUGUCCAGGAUUAGGAUCAGGAUCAGGAAAACGGAGCUGAUCCUGGCGGGCAACCUAGAACGCCAGGAUCAGCUUGGGCUUGUAGCGACGUCACGUUGCGCAUGUGUCUACCGAUUGGAUGUGCAUAUAGGCUCGCCAGAUAAAAAGGGACUUGAUUGCCAGUCUUGCUGUGUUGAAUUGCACAUGUUGGAAGCGAUGAACCGUAACGCACCGCAUGUCUAGAGCAUGUUAGAAAGAAAACUGAAUGAUUAGCAUAGGAGGGUACAGGUGAAUAUACCUAAGUGUUGUAC